UAGCUGAUUGGUUAAUCAUUGUUUUUAUGGUCGAUAAAGUGAUAGGUUCGCAUCAAGAAUUUUGCUAUUGUUGCUUUGGACGUUAAAUCAGUUUUAAUGUUGUAAAUCCAUUCAUAAAACAGAAUACUUUGGAAUAAACUAUGUGAAUUUAAGCAUUUUAAGCAGCUAUUUUGGGUUUUUUAAUACGUGGAUUGAAAGCAUUCAAAUAAUUCAAUUGAAAUAUUCAAUUUCGGGAUCUUCUACAUAUUUUUAUAUCAAUUGUAAGGCUCGAAUAUUGUGAAGUAAAAAUGGCUUUAACCAGUUGUUGUUGCUGCAUCAGUUUAAGAACUGGUGGUUUGAUAUUAGCGGUGCUCGGAGCUAUCGGUGGAUUGUUUGCGUUCAUUAAAGGUUGUGCAACAGAAGAUUGGAAUACAAUUCUUCAGGGUGUCGGUUGUGUCGCUUACUGCUUAUGCAUAUAUGCUAUUGUUAAGGAAAAAGCUGACCUCAUGCUACCCGCCUUGAUUUGGUCAAUAAUAAUUGGUCCGAUUCUCGCGAUCAUUGGUGAAAUUAUUUUGAUCAUGGCCUAUUUAGCACUUAAAAAACUUGCAGCGGAUCAUAAGCUAAGCCCCGAAGAAGAACAAGUUUUCAAAAAUCUUGACGCUAUCAUAGUUCCUUUCUGUAUUUUAUCUUCAUUAAUUGAGGCUCUUUCUUUCUACUUCUGUUGCGUUCUUUAUGCCUUGUACAAAGAAUACAAGGGCACCAGCAGGAAUGUUGUUUAGGCCACAUAUUCAGUCGACUUAUAAUUUUAAACUAAACCAAAUUGUUCAGAUUAUGAUUUAUUUGAAAAGUGUUCAUAAAAUAUAGACCAUUCAUUUGGUACAAAAACAAACAAUUUAUGAUC